CCGACUUCUUCGCGUCGUUCACUCACAGACCGUUCACUCAUAGGUGUUCUGUGGUUCCCUGUGGUGGUGUUCUCUGCCGUGGUUCACUGCGUGCGUUCGCGGCAAUGGCUGUUGCUGCGUGCGCCGUGCUGUGGUUUGCGUGAAACUUCGUCGAAUGCAAAUGUGCGGCUAAUGCAGUAGCUGAUUCAGUGAUCCGAGGGCAGACACCUACAGCUGCCCGAUCGCUUCCAGCAGCGUCGAAGUCGUGCUGCGUGUGUUUGCGAGUAGCCAGUCGCGUCGGCCAGGCAUGCAAGCGCGCGCUACCUCCGCGAGCGUCCCGUGAAACGGCACCAUGGUGGUCGCCGACCAAGGUAACUGGGUGGCCGAUGUUGUGAUCGUCGUUGAAGGCACCGCCAACCUCAGCCCAUACGUGGAGAGCCUCAAGAGCCACUACAUUGUCCCGACAUUGGAGUAUUUCAAUGGCGGUCAAAUUGACGACAGGGAUUGCGGCUACGACUCCAACAGCACCACCUAUGCCCUGGUGGUGUUCAUGGCAUCUGACUGUGCUCCUGAGCCAGCCGCCAUCUGCCAUGCGCCGACAACGAAUGUGGCCAAGCUGCUCUCCUGGUUUGACCGUGUCUCCUUUGUCGGUGGAGCCGGGGAGUCAUGCAGUCACAUUGCCGAAGGCCUCGGCACAGCCCUGCAAGUGUUUGAUGACUUCCAGGCACUGCGUGAACCAGGGUCAGUGGUACAGAAGCACUGCAUCCUGGUCUGCAACUCGCCACCCUACCGGCUGCCCACACUCGAGAGCCCGAUGUAUGCUGGCCAUUCGGUCGAGCAACUUGCCACCAUCAUGGCUGAGAGGCAAGUCAACUUUAGCAUCCUUUCACCGAGGAAGAUCCCAGCCCUGUACAAACUCUACGAAAAGGCUGGCGGGGACCUCCAAACGGCGAUGUGCAAGAACUAUGCUAAGGACCGAAGACACAUGGUGCUUUUGCGUGGCUAUCAGCUUCAAGAACGACCGGUGAGUCCCCCCAUCGCGGUGUCAGAAGUGAAGGUGGAGCCGACGCCAUCCCCGUCGGCCGUGGCACCUCACAAUCCCCGCAGCCCUGCGACGACGCCAGCCGGUGUUGGGCAGAAGCGGCCUGCCGGUGGUUCGCCACCGAACCCUCGCGAGGCCAAGAUGUUCAAGCAGCCCACCUCGCAAGCGUCGCCCAUAAGCACAAUGGGCGGCUCCCCCCAGCAGCCACAGCUGCCGUUCCAGAACCAGGGUGCUCGACCGGGCAUUCCGACUCCGCCUGCCCCUCACCUGGCGGCCAUCAACCAACCAAACCCACCCAAUGUCACAUUGCGGCCGAUGCCAGACGCAAUGAACCGGACCACCCAGAAUCGCUCACCAGUCACAAUAGCAGGAGGUGCGGCAGGAACGGUACGUCUGCCCUGGAGCCAGCAGCCGCCGCAAGGUGUGGUGUCUCCGGUGGUCUCGGGUGGUCCGCCGGUGUCGACUCCUCCACCCCCAACGCAGACCAGCAUGCCCCUGCUGGCUAGCCAGCUGUCCAAUGCUCCGAUGGCCAGUGGACCUCCGCAGCAGAUGAGGCCCACACACCCCACACCCGUCAGCUGUGCUACGGGGCCUCAGAUGCAGACUGGCUUCCGGGGGCCCUCCAUGCGAAUGGGUGUGCCUCCCGGAGGUGGCCCUCCAGGGGUAGUAGGCCAAGGAGGCAACCCCCUGGUCGGGGCUGGUUCACAAAUGUCCCAGCAGGGAAUGCCCCCUACGGGACCGGCCGCCCCUCCCUCCAGCACCCUGGCCGCACAGCUGAGCCAGAUGCCCCAGGGUGGACCCCCAGGGAGCCAGUUCCCACCAGGACCCCCUCUUUCCCAGCAGCAGGCUCAACAGCAACAGCAGCAGCAGGCUCAGCAGCAGCAGCAGCCCCCCAAGGGCCCCCCACAGCAGCCGCCCCAGGGGCCACCCAUGAUGGGAGGUGGUGGACCCCCGCAGGGAAUGCAGCCCCAGCAACAGCAACAGCAGCCACCACCCGGGGCGGGUCCCGCAGCAAGCCUGAAAGAGCGGCGAGUAGUGUGGCAAGGCCAGGUAGAGUACCAGGACAAAAUGCCAGGAAACCCACGAAACGUGUACACUCUCCAGUGCAGCAUCUUUGCCAGCGUCAUCAAUGGCGAGCCUGAAAUAUGUGCGGACAAGUGGCCACCUAAACUGACCUUGCAGCUGAUGCCGCGGUCAAUGCUGAUGAACGUGGUGCUGGCGGUGAAGAAUGCAUCACGUGGCGUGGUGAUGUCCUUCGAACCGGGUGAGGGCCUCGUCAAGCUGUCGCGCUUCAUGGGGUCGGCCUGGCUGGGCCUGGUGCACUUUGCGAGUCCGCCGGCUGACCUGAAGCUCAUGCUGGUGGUGUACAUGGCCGAUAAGAACUUGUUCAUGGGCAUGGUGGCCAACGACCAGGAGGGCCUGUUUGCAGCCGUCAAGCAGGUCAUCGACGCCCACCGCAAGCAGCAGCAGUCCAAGACAAAGAUGCUGCAGAACAUGUCUGGUGGCACCAUGGCACCAGCCGGUGGCAUGAACAUGGCUGCUCCUGUUCCCAAUGCAACGAUGGGCAUUGCUCCGGCAGCACCAGGGCAGCAGUACUCUGCUGCCAUGUGGCCUGGCAACAACAUUUUGGCGAAGACGCCCGAGCCCUCCAGACAAGCGCAAGGAAUACUCCAGGCUGAGUUCACGCGUGGCAUUGCACCUCACAACCAGCCUACCACGAACAGCCAUCAUCUACAGGAGGUUGUUCGAUCACGAGGUCCUAAGUUGAUGCCUCCUGAGCAGCAGGGUCCCCCGCAACAGCAGGUGCCCCCCAAUGCACAGCCACCCACCAUGCCAGGGGUUGGGGGGCCUCGAGGGGGGCCUCUAGGGGCCCCACCCCAGGGAGGUCCCCCGGGUCCACCCCAGGUCCCGCCGCAGGGUCUCCCACCAGGGGCGCAAGCGGCCGCAGUGUCGCAGCAGCAGGCCAACAGGCUCUCCCAGCUAGAGGCUGAGCGACAGCAGAACCUGCUGAAGAUCCAGCAGCUGCAACAAACCCUGGAGGCAGCACAGGCCAAGGAGCUCCAGUACAAAGAGCUCCAGUACAAGCAAGCCCAAGAGCAGCAGAGCUUAUUGGAACGCCAACGGGUUGUCACACAUCAGGCACAACAGCUUCAGCAGCAACAACAGCAGCAGCAACAGCAGCAACAGCAACAGCAGCAGCAGAGGUUCCAGCCGAACCAGACACCCAACCUCCGGCAUAUUCUUCAGCAGCAGAUGCGCCAGCAGCAGAUGCUGCAAAACCUGCAGCAGCAGUCCAGCAUUCGAGCUCAGCUGGCCGGAGGUCUGGCCAUGGGGGGACCUGGGCCACAGGGCGCACCACCCCAGGGUGGUGGCGGGCCCGGCUGGGACGACACGGCUCUCCUAGACCUGCUGGGGGGCGGAGGGGGACCCCACAACGGCUGAUCAGCACCGCUACCUUGUACCCCUCCUUUCGCCUGCUCCUUCGAGGAUAGUCGAGCGAGGGAUGAGCGGCCAUUUUUUCAGGUCGCUUUACGUCGGGGCACCCUUCAACCAAUGUAAUGUCUGUGUGCCUGCCCUUAAGCCUCAUUCGCCGAGCCAUCAAACACUACGCCAUGUUGCCGCCACACAUCGGCAUCUGCCACGAUGCAGGGUUUGCUUGGUGCUUUAUCUUCGAAAAUGGCAUGAAUAAGGCACUCAAUGCACUGCCUGGAGCACUUGGUGUGCCACUAAUUAGUAGAAGCUAGACAGAAACUGCUGCAUCUUGACAAAUUCUGCUGCCGUGAGAAUAACAUGACGCGACAUUGACGGCGCUGUGAAUCGGGCUUUUCUGUCUUCUCAGUUAUCCCAGUCAGUCAUUCACAGGAGGCAUUAGUUAAGGCUGCAUCAAAGUCUGUAAUUUCGUUCGCAAAGGAAUUUUAUGAGCGCUCUGCCAAUUCGUGAAUAUGGAAAGUGACCGGUGUAUCUUGGUGAUGUCAUGUUUUGCAAAGCCAUGUUUUUUACCACUGAUGGAAUGAGGAACACUGAACCCACUUCAGACCAGGGCCCACAUUUGCAAAAGCUCUAUUGUUUAACCCUUUGGGUGUCUAGCUUUUUUUCAUCUAAUGCAAUUCACCUGAUUCAAUUUUUUUUGUCAUCUCCUUCUCUAUUUGUUAUUGUUGCAGUUUUAAAACCUUGAGGAUAGUGCUAAUUUGUUAGAGUGGCCGUCAGUCGAGAAAAAAGAUUUUCCAGAGUUCUAGAUUCAUUUCUUAUUCAAAAUCAAAUGCAAGUUUUUAUUUGCCAGACAAAACUGGAAGGUCACCAAGGCUAAAAGCCGUGAGAACGACUUGACAAAGGCCUUGGUGACCUGUUCAUACAUAUGGCAGAAGCAGGGAAAUGAUGACAAGUGCAUAAAAUGCAAGUACAAUAUUCAUUGCUAAAACCUCAAAUGAGACAGAAGCUUGUAUUAAUCUUGAAAAAUUAUGUCCAUUAGAGUGACUGUGUUUCACAACCUUCAAAAUAUGAGCAUGGCAGGUUACUGUCAUCUUUGUACCUACCGGAAUCGUCAUGCUGGAAGCGCUUCUGAGGAGAUCCCGGGCCAGGUUCUAAUUUUCAACUGUUUAGCAAUUCCUCGUACCAACAGUUGACAUCUCGCGAAUCUCAUUACAAUUUGGCAACUGACCGUAGUCCGAAUCGAAGGAGUUGCUGCCUCACUCCCUUGUGGUAGAGACUAUUGUGUACAUGCGCAUGGCGUAAUCUCUGUGGUUGUGAGCUUCACAUGCAAGGAAACUCCUUGUACCUAUAUGUGCCCAUCAGAAGAAGCAAAGACUUCCGUUAGCCUUUCAUUUUAGGACCACUGAGAGGCAAUCCAGUCGUGUUAUACUUGAGAAAAAAAGCUGUGCUGGUGAUUUUUCGUAUACGACAGCAUCAUUUUCAUGUACCAGCUUCCACCUGUGAACAGCUGAAAUCGCACACCCUGCGGGCUCUAAAUGAGCUGGUAUGAAGCAGCUGCCCUUUGAAGGAUCAGAAACCAGGUAUCACAUCCAUGGGAAUCAUUCGCGAGACUUACCAUGUCUACCGCCAUGCACACGCAUGAAUGUGCUAGUAUUCCUGGCCUUAACAAACCUUGAUUGGAAACCGAAGGCCGAUCGUGCAGGAACAUAUUCCCACCAUCUUCCUAGAGUUACAAUAUUUGCUGGGCGAAAGAGAGUAAAAACAUUGUCGCCUCUUUCAAACAAACUCGAGGCACCGUAAAUGUAUGAGAUUGGCCCUUUUUGACUUGUUCACAGUGCCGUAUGUUUAUGUCAUUGACCACUGAUGCAACCGUGACUUUAUUACAAUCUUAGUUCGAUGUAUCAUAAUCAUAUGGGGCUCUUAAUCAAAGUUUAGUGAGUCUGGUUCCAGCUUCAAGCACCUGCUGCACAGUGAUAUUAGUGGCAGUCUGCCUUUAGAAAGUCAGUCUUAAUUUAAUUACUGUAUGCUUGCUUCCGUAAGAAAUCAAACAGAUAUGAAAUGGCCGUCAUGGUGUUUGUCUGCUCUGUUACUCGUUUUGUUUCCCAGAGGAUAAAUGGCGCAAGCGAGGGUAUCUCUCGGAAAGGUUAUCUUUGUAUGUUUUUGGUGACUAGCAUGCUGUGUUCUGUACGAUUUUGGCAGAGUAGCAGUUGACAGAUAGAGAAGCAACGAUGAAACGUUACCCAAUAAGACAACGGCUGUGCCCAGCUCAUUCACUGUUGUUGUAUUUUGUUUUUGUUUUUGUGUGCAUGUAAUAGCAGUUCACUUUAAACAGUGCAGAUGGUACUCUUGCAUAGCCAUGAUUAACAUGAGAAAGAACACCAAUUUUGUGUAUAAUCAAUCAAUCAAUGUGCUGGCAUGACUGUGGCUAAUUGAAUUGCGAGAGAGGCCCUUCCAGUUGAGUGUUAUGAACAGUCUUGCACUUGCUAACUGUAUUCAGUUACCUUGACCUUUUAAGAGGUAUUGUCAGUGUUCUCUUUUGUAUUGCUCACGACUGUACAGAUGUGUUUCACAAUGCAUUCUUUGCAGCAAAGGUCAAAGGAGCAGUCUAUUAUAACCUCUCUGCAGCGUUAGUCGUUGGCAUGCAUUUUUUGAUGAAUGUCGCCCUCUUUUGCGACACCUAUCGUUCGCUUGCACAUUUUGACGUGGUUGUUCAUCUUCAAAGGGAAUGUAUUAACGUGCAGAUUUUCUUUUUCCUCGUCUUGCACUUGCUCACUCAGCCUUUGCUGCCUCUAUUUCUUACUUGUGUGCAUUUACUGACUGUUGCUUUGCUGUUGCUUUGUUGCGGUUACUUCAUAGAUUUCAAGUUGUGCAUUGAUGUGUAGAGUGGACAAAAAUAGAUGUGCCUGGCUGGGAUCAAUUUUCUGACACAGACACCACUUGUCUUCGCUCAAUGAAAAUGUGACCCUUUGUCAGAAUAUUGGCUUGAGCACGAAUGUUGAGUCCAGCCUAUCCCACACCUUAUUCAAGUGUCAUUCAGCCAGAUUACUUCAGGAGAAAAUUGGACAAGUUUCGAGCGUAAGUGUGCUGGCUUUUCACGCAGUAGCGAACGUGCAGACUAGAGGAGAUCAGACACAAACAGCCAUCAGGUUCAGGCUGAACGUUUUGUGGCUUCAUCAGUCAAGGCAGAUGGAAUGGUCCGCAUUGCGCACAUUUGACAUUGGGUGUUAAAUUGUCUUACCGGUGAACUGACAUGCUUGCAGAAAUUGACCAGCAUCAGGCGUUGAAGAAUUCGACCACGUUGGCACUUGAAUCAUAUCCAAGAAGGCAUAUAAAUAGCCCGCCAUGUCAGCAUUCUGAGCCAACCAAGUCACUAAAGCAAAUUUCGCAGUGUGAAAGAGUUUGACGAUACAUCUAUUUGCAGCCAACUUGAGCAUAAUGAACUGAUGAAAAUGCAUAAGAGCACUCUGUGUCCUUUUGUGCCUGUCUUUCGUUUGCCAGUCUCAAUGUUUUAUAUGCAAAAUUACACAUUAUCCUAGAUGCAAGCCAUUCUAAUGCUCCUGUCUCAGGUAAUAACUGCAUCAUCGAUUUUUUUUUUUUUCUGGCAUUUUCGAGGGUGUCAGGUGCGACGGGGCUAAAAUGCUAAAGCUUAUACUUCUGCAUGCCCUGCAGCAACAGUUGUUUGAGUAGCAAGACUAUCAAGCUAAGAUGAAAGUUAUGUGGCCAUAAUUUAACAAUUGCAUGUUUAACAAUCAGCAUGGCUUUACGUUCUAUUCUGAUUGUUGAUAAGCAAGGAUUUAUUGAUUGCGUAUAGUUUGAUACUGUAGUGAUUUUCAAAGAAGCACACGGUUGAGAAUUUACCUAAGAGCCACUCCAUCUGUGGCAUCCCAUCGCACGGGACACAUUGCUUCAUUCAAACCCAGUGUGUGCAAUGUAUCCAUUUGCAGCGACACCACUGAAUGUGAUGCGCUUCUCUUACUUUUAAACCACUCUUCCAAGGGCAGUGCGCCGUUGCCAAAAUACUUUUGGCACUUCAUUUCAGGGCAGCUUUGAUGUCAUGAUUCGGUGCUCUCUGCUCCAAAACAGCGACCUGCUCCUGUUCAUUCACUGAUGCCUUGUUUACAGCUGAUGCAUAUCCUUACGCAUAUGGAAGUCGCGCCAGGUGGCAAUAUAAUAGUAUAAGCAGUUGAAAGCAAAGGUUUUUGGGGCAUGUUGUCGUAUCAGAAGCAAAUUUAUUCUUUGUGGAGGCAUUUCUAACUUCUUCUGAUUUGGCGUUAUGCUCCAUGGGCCGCAAGAACUAACCAACUACACAUGAAGCCAUUGAACCUGAGUUCUUAGUUCUUUAAUAUCCUGUGCACAAAAUAUCUCCCAAGCAAUUGUCACCUUUUCUUUUUUUCUGCACUGUCGCCGUGUGGCAUUUCUUCUGGCUGAACGGUGACAGCUUUCAUGAUCUUGGCUAAAGCAAGUUUCAUGGGCGUCUAAUGGGUUUCAACGAGCAUAGCCUGUAAUAAGCAUAUUGGUGACAAUGAUUAGGUCGAUCGUCACAUGGCUAGAAGUGUACAUGGCUGCACCAUGGCAGGUGUGGGAAUAUAAUUGCAUUGCGUGACGUGUGGUCAGCAGCUGAAGUCAUCGAUUGAAUAAUGCACAAUCCCCAGUGGAAACCCUGCCUCGGCAAGAAAUUUCGGAAGGGCUGUUUUUGUUGUCGUUGUUGCUGCCGAUUUGUUGCAGAUUGUUUACACAGGUGUUCUAUACACUUUUGAAGUGGCAUGGAAAAAUAAAUUAUCGAAGCUUAUUUUCGUGCAUACCUCUAGUUUUUUUUUCCAUCUUUCUGCAAUUACAUGUUAUUGUGCUGCUGAGCACGGAGCUCUUUUCACAGUGUGGCCUGUCAGUAUUUGGUUUAUGUCUUGUCAAGCACAAAUGUACGCUAGCAGCAUUAAGUCAUGUUUGAUGUGUAUUUCCCUUGAAGUUGCACAAGUUGUUCCUGUAUGAGCGUGCCCUUACCUAAGAUGCAGCAAAAGACGUGUCAAUAGAUUAUGUCUCGGCUACAUCGAAACGGCCGGCUUCAUUUGGAUUGCUAGAUCACCUUUACAUGAUACAGGAGGCAGAAGUUGCUACAUGUGCCCCUGAGUCACCAUUGUUAUUAUCUUUUAUGUUAUUUUUUGUGCGUGACGAUAAUCUAGUUAUUUGUUAAGUUGAGUGUAUUGUACAUGUUCUCUCCUCCCUCCAUAAACCAACUGUGUGCUAUUUCCUCUAUUUCCUUUCCUCAUUAUUUGCCUCUGGGCGGGAAAAAGAAUGUUGGUGUAUGUUUUUUGCGUGGGAACACGAACGGAGCAGCGGUCAUGCAAUGGUGUUGUUGCUUUACGUACACUUUAACAUCGUCAGCCUUUUCUGUGGCUUAUGCCUGCGUCCCCUUACGAAAUUACACAUAGCGUUUGUGGACAGCAUACGGAUAGUCUCGCAAGCAAGCAGCGAUGAAUUAGUGACUACCUCCUACAAGGUUGUAAGUUCUCUACAGUGUUGCCAUCUAUCAUCUACCUUUGAGCUGCACAUCUAGACAUACAUGCCACCACCAAGCCAAACCUUUCACAUCGUUAGUAACAUUGAGACAACAAAGUAAUGUGAAGGACAUCAAGUGUGCUGCUGUGUCAGGAGUUUUCAGUGACGUUGGCUUCGACAAAUCUUUCAUCCCGGGCUUAGCUCAGAGUGGUGGCUUGCUCCAGCAACACUGUACAGAUUCGUAUAACCUUUGUUGCUGUACUUUAAUCACCGAGUUUACGCAACCAGGCUGAAUUCAGUAUGUCCCUACAGCCGGCAGUGUAAAAAGGCAGCAUACACUACAAAUAUCUGCGAAUAUGGCCUUCAUGUGUGGGCUGCCAAGCUUGUAGGGACUGAGUUUUUUUCUUAUUCUUCUUCUUCUCGGGUCUUACACCUCAUAACGCCUGCAUCCCACUUCACUGUACAGAUUAUUUUGAUUCAUAACUUUCGGGGCUGUAGGAGUGAUGGCCAUAUUUCCAAGUUAUGCAAGGGUAUACUAGAAAAACAUUUGCUGCCUAUGGUUUUAACCCUUUGGGCCCUGGCGUCCUCAAGCGAGGACAGGACUUCCACCAUAUCAUGCAAUUUACGAUGUAACAUGUUCGGGGUCUAAUUUAAUUGGUUCUUGCUGUGAGCUGUGGCUAAAUAAGCACUUGCCAUGCGGGGAAGAAGCACGAUGGCAUUAACGGCACUUUUCUCACCUGCACAUUACAAUGAAAUUUUAUUGGGAUUUGUUGCACUACUUUUACAGCUCUCUUUGUAUACAUUGCGAAGCAUGGCCCAUGCUCUGUAAUUUAAUAUGCAUUUGUUCUGCUGUACAAUAAAUGAUGCUUAAAUGUAAAAAA